AUGCGGAUUCGAUUGGUGAUCCUUGCGGCAUUUGCGCUUCUGUUCCUGCUCGUCGAAUCUGCCGCUGCUGGCAAACGGCGGAAAAUCAUCAUCCACGUACCGGUCAAAGUGAAGCAGCAGAAGCAUGUGCACACGGAAGUGAAAACGGUGCACCACCAUCACAAGCCGACGGUGAUCAAGGAGGAGAAGAUCGUGAAGAAGGAGGUGCACAAGCCGGUCGUGAUCAAGGAGGAGGUGGAGCACGAACACUUCCAUCAUCACUACAAGCACGAUCAUCCAACGUUCGAGAUCGAUGGUCACGACGCGAAUGGGCUCGGCUCGAGCUUAAUCAGUUAG